AUGCGGCUGCUGCCGGCCCUGGCGCUGGCCCUGCUCCUGCUCCUGCUCCUGAGCAGCUCGGUGCCGGCGGGCGGUCUGUCGCUGGAGAGCCUGCUGACCAACAUGAGGUGCAAGUGCAUCAGAUCCACCGCCCACGUCAUCAACCUGGGGCUGAUCCUCACCAUCGACGUUACCCCGCCGGGCAUUCACUGCAGGAGGAAGGAGGUCAUCCUCACCCUGAAGAAGAACAAGCGGGUGUGCGUGGCCCCCGAGGCGCCCUGGAUCCAGCUGCUCAUCCACAAGCUGACGCAGAGGAACGGCACCAAAAAAGCGUUGCCGCGACCACGGCGGGAAGCACGGCGCUGCCGGCCCCCUUGGAGACCCCCCAGCCCGUCCCUCCCACUGGCCAGAUCCCAGGAAUCCACGGUUAUGAAUUCCUCGUGGGACAGCAAUGACACAACCCCCCUGCCCUGAGACACGCUGGGUGGAGUGGCACAACGCUGGCGCUUCCUCUGCUCCCGGGGUUUUUUUGGCAGGGGCAGGAGCCUUUUCCCUGCUUUCCCCUCAGGCUGCUUCCUUCCCUUUUGGAUGCCUGCGCUGUUCCCGCACGCAACCACAGCCCGUCCCGGGUG